AUGGAAGAAGAUUGUGGUGCAUUUGCAGCAGACUGUGUUGUCCUCUCAUGCUGCUGCCAAUGCCUUGUGUUACAAGUCACUGUCUUUGUCUUCUUCAAGGUCCCUCGUAAACUUGUCAAGAAGAUUAAGAAGUUUAUGAACAGAAGAUGUGGGAGAACCUUGCAACCAAGAACGGAUGCGGAUGUGGUCAAAGAGGAGCAUCGGUAUGGAAACGGGGCUGUGUUUGAAGAAGGCUCAUCAAGAUCUAAUUGCAUUGAAGUCACUGAGGUAAUGUUGGAAGAACUGUCAAUGAGCAGAGGUUCGGUUUCGGAAGCUUCUGGUGCUAUGAAGAUUCUUCUGACACUGUAG